AUGGAAUGUGUAGACAAGACGUCUGAGACAAAUCUGACAAUGAAAGAUGCGAUCACUAUGGUAGCAGCAGCACAAAGCACAUUACUAGAACAAGCAGAUGUGUUGGCUGAAUUCACCAAGUUGAAUCUUCCAAUGGUUGUUAUGAGAGAAAAGACAACACCAGAAGAAGGUGUAUGUAAUUCUGAAACAAUAAGAAGACUGCAGGAUAUUGAAAUAACUUUAAAUUCUCUACGAGACACAAAACAAAAGACUGAAGAUGACAUAUCAGAAAUAAAACAAUGGAGAGAUAAAUUUGUAGCAGAACAAAGUACCUUUUGGAUAAAUAUGGAAGAAUUAUCGAAGAAUCUAAAAGAUAAUUUUAAAACCCAAGGGGAACAAAUAAUUGAGCAAGACAACAAAAUAAAAGAGCUAAAUCAACAAAUUAACAGUUUGAAAACAAAAGAAUCAGACACAGACAAAACAAUGGAGAAACUGUCUCUAGAUAUGAUAGAAUAUGAAAACAACCUGCACACACUAAAUAAAGAGAUGAGAGUUUACACAGAGAAAACAGAUCAUGUAACACAAGAAAUUCAAAAACAUUCUGAUUUAAUAUCUGCUAAAGAGAAAGAUGGAUUGCAAAACAACAGACAAUUACAAAACACAUUAGAAGAAUUAUUGUCAAAGUAUGUUGUGAUAUGUAAAAUUUUACAACAAAGGUUAGUGCCUAUAGACAAAUUGAUUGAAGUAUAUAAUCAGAACUCAGAGGCUAGAGGAGAUACGAUGAAAAUGAUUGAUGCUCUUCAAAUCGACUUUUUUAAGUUGAGACAGGAUUUUCAGAAAAUUGUAGCCAAUCAACAAGUGAAACAACCAAUGCCUGGAUUUAUUGCUUCAAACGGUCGCUGUGACGCGGUAGACAACUUGAAUUACAAAGUAAUUACAUUCGAAUCCGUGGAACGUGACAUGGGAAACAAUUUCAAUCCAGCUACUGGAGAGUUUACCGCCCCUGUUGAUGGCCUUUAUGUAGCAAAAUUUACAAUUCAACAGGAAGGAUUUCGCUCAGUAGGAGCUUUGCUGAAGCACAAAUUUAGUACUGUCGGUGAUGUGCAUACAAAUAGUCAGUAUGCUAAAUCAUCAGGACGAUUUAAUGUUAGAAUGAAGAGUGGAGAUGUGUUAUACUUAAACACCUAUAGUGUUGACUGUAUAUGUACACAUUUUUCAUGUUUCUUUCAAAGCGAGUAAUACUUGGACCGUUUUGAACAAAGUAACUAGCUAGUUAUUUAUGUUUUAUAAUUAUCUUUAGAACUGUAAUGGUCUCGUGGUUUUUUUAGAACUUUUAUAUGUAAUAUUUAAAA